AUGGCCACCCACGUCCCAGGCCAUACUACCAUCGAAUCAAAGCCAUAUCCUUGGCCGUACAACACGGACUUAGGUCCAACGACUACUGCCUUGAUUAUCGUGGAUAUGCAAAUGGACUUUUGCUCUCCAGGAGGAUACCUAGACUCCCAAGGCCUUUCAAUUGAAGCAACGAGAGCUAUCAUACCCAAUAUUCAUUCGCUGCUUUAUGCUUUCAGGUCCCACGGAUUUCCUAUCUAUCAUACACGAGAAGGUCAUCGCUCCGAUCUGUCAACGUUAUCUACUCGCGAACAAAAGCGCAGUCGUAAUAACCCCAGUGGUAUUGGAAUUGGAGAUCAAGGUCCACUAGGUCGUCUGUUGGUUCGUGGGGAGCAAGGACAUGAGAUCAUUCCUGAGCUAUCACCAGUCUCCGGAGAACCUAUCAUUGACAAACCCGGCAGAAGUGCGUUCCAGCAUACCGACCUCAAAUUACUUCUGGACAAUCGCGGUGUCAAGAACUUGAUACUAUGUGGUGUGACGACCGAUGUCUGCGUCACCAGCACGAUGAGAGAUGGCAAUGAUAUGGGCUUUGACUGUCUGCUGGUAUCAGAUGCUUCGGCAGCUGGUCAGGCAAACCUUCAUGAAGCUUCAAUAGCUAGUAUCUGCGAAGAGGGAGGGAUUUUUGGAGCAAUUGCAGUGACAGUAGACGUGCUUCAAGCGUUGGAUCGAUGA